AUGUGUAAGUGUCUUCUGCCCAGUGCGCGACUUCGCGGCUUCCUGGCAACCGCAGUCUUACGCACGUGGCAGACAUUGUUAAUUAACCAUCGUGAUCAGCGUCGACGUGAACCUUUGCAUGUCAUUUUGGAAGAAAACGUACCAAGAGGUUCCAUUAAAAGGGGCUUGCAAAGGUUCACAUCGACGCCGAUCACGAUGGAGUUGACGAUCCUUCCGGCACAAAUCGACAUUGAACUGUCCCAGUCCUCCAAGGCUCUCGCUAUGGACCUGAACGUUCUUUGCUGA